AACAUAGGCAACACCAAUAACCAUUCUCUCCGCUUUCACUUACAAAGCUUUUCACUGUAUUGCAAAAUCAAUCUACUAGAAUGGCAGCUUCAACAAUGGGUCUGUCUUCACCAUCACUGGCUGGCCAAGCAAUCAAGCUGGCCCCCUCCACCCCAGAGCUAGGCAAUGGAAGGGUCAGCAUGAGGAAAACAGCCUCCAAAAGCGUUUCCUCAGGAAGCCCAUGGUACGGCCCAGACCGUGUAAAGUACUUGGGCCCAUUCUCGGGUGAGGCCCCAUCGUACCUGACUGGUGAAUUCCCAGGUGACUAUGGUUGGGACACUGCUGGGCUUUCUGCUGACCCAGAGACUUUUGCCAGAAACCGUGAACUGGAAGUGAUCCACUCGAGAUGGGCCAUGUUGGGAGCCUUGGGCUGCGUCUUCCCUGAACUAUUGGCCCGCAAUGGUGUCAAGUUUGGCGAGGCCGUGUGGUUCAAGGCUGGGUCUCAGAUAUUCAGCGAGGGUGGGCUUGACUACUUGGGCAACCCAAGCUUGAUCCAUGCACAGAGCAUCCUUGCGAUCUGGGCCACCCAGGUUAUUUUGAUGGGUGCUGUUGAGGGUUACCGUAUUGCCGGUGGGCCUCUUGGUGAGGUGACAGACCCAAUCUACCCAGGUGGGAGCUUUGACCCAUUGGGCCUUGCAGAUGACCCAGAGGCCUUUGCUGAGUUGAAGGUGAAAGAGUUGAAGAAUGGUAGGUUGGCCAUGUUCUCCAUGUUUGGUUUCUUUGUUCAAGCCAUUGUCACUGGAAAGGGACCUUUGGAAAACCUUGCUGAUCACUUAGCUGACCCAGUCAACAACAAUGCCUGGGCCUAUGCCACCAACUUCGUCCCCGGAAAGUGGUAUUUCAACAUCAAUGAGGUUGUAUACCCUUGGUUGGUGAAGAUGUUCUACGAAUCCUUGAAGGCCUCUCAAGGAUUCUUUGAAGGAACGGUGCUUGGAGUAACCGUCAGAGUCAUCACGAUCCUUCACAAGGAGGGUGAAGAAGGACCUAUAGCCUACAACAAGUUUGAAGAUAAGGCUAAGGUCUAUCAACAGUUACUGAACAAGUUGAUCCUUCACAAGGUAGGCGCCAAGGACAGCAUCUCAGACUUGCAUAAGUUCUGCUUGUUCCAGAUGAUGACUGGAACCGCUUUCAACCUCCCUCAAGACCAUAAAGUCUACCAAACCUUCUUCACCAUUGAAGAAGACGAGAGGCAGAGGAUCAUGGCAAUGGAGAGAAACAAGAGACUGAAUCCCAUUGUAUUCAGAAAGGCAAACUUGGGGAAAAUGCCAGUAAGUUACAACAUCUCUGACCCUACGAUAGCCUUGAAGACAAAGAAGGAGAUCGAAGGAGAACAACCGGACAGUCAACCCAUAGGGAAGGCAUUAAAAAGAAAAGCUCUUCUACCUCCUCUAGCGCCACCUCACCCUAAGAAGAAGAGGGUUAUAAGGUUAACAUCAAAAGUGGUUGCUGAGCCGGAGCGGUCGGCAUGUGCUCCUUCACUUGAGGCUGAAAAGGUGGUUGUGGAACUUGAGGCUGAAGUCAUCGUCCCUUCAGCUCAAUCUGAAAUUCCUGUGGACGUUCCUUCCCCUCUUAUCACUGUACAUUCUUCCUUUCAAUCUACUAGAAUGGCAGCUUCAACAAUGGGUCUGUCUUCACCAUCAUUGGCUGGCCAAGCAAUCAAGCUUGCACCCUCCACCCCAGAGCUUGGCAAUGGAAGGGUCAGCAUGAGGAAAACAGCCUCCAAAAGCGUUUCCUCAGGAAGCCCAUGGUACGGCCCAGACCGUGUAAAGUACUUGGGCCCAUUCUCAGGUGAGGCCCCAUCGUACCUGACUGGUGAAUUCCCAGGUGACUAUGGUUGGGACACUGCUGGGCUUUCUGCUGACCCAGAGACUUUUGCCAGAAACCGUGAACUGGAAGUGAUCCACUCGAGAUGGGCCAUGUUGGGAGCCUUGGGCUGCGUCUUCCCUGAACUAUUGGCCCGCAAUGGUGUCAAGUUUGGCGAGGCCGUGUGGUUCAAGGCUGGGUCUCAGAUAUUCAGCGAGGGUGGGCUUGACUACUUGGGCAACCCAAGCUUGAUCCAUGCACAGAGCAUCCUUGCCAUCUGGGCCACCCAGGUUAUUUUGAUGGGUGCUGUUGAGGGUUACCGUAUUGCCGGUGGGCCUCUUGGUGAGGUGACAGACCCAAUCUACCCAGGUGGGAGCUUUGACCCAUUGGGCCUUGCAGAUGACCCAGAGGCCUUUGCUGAGUUGAAGGUGAAAGAGUUGAAGAAUGGUAGGUUGGCCAUGUUCUCCAUGUUUGGUUUCUUUGUUCAAGCCAUUGUCACUGGAAAGGGACCUUUGGAAAACCUUGCUGAUCACUUAGCUGACCCAGUUAACAACAAUGCUUGGGCCUAUGCCACAAACUUCGUCCCCGGAAAGUGACUGAAACGAUAGUGAAACAAUGAGAAACUAUCACUUGAGUCCGUGAAUUAGUGAAAUAUGUAUCGGAUGUGUGCCUUUGCUGACUGAAUUAUAUAUGUUUUCGCCUUUGGUAUUACUUU